AUAGUAAAAGGGAUAUUCUGGUAGGACGUAUGUAUGCCUACCAUUAGUUCUGAAUACUGGUGAGGUUUUGAGGGCAAAAUGGCUGUGAUGAUUGGAAUCGCUUUCAGAGUUUCUUGGCUUUGCCUGCUAAUUGGAGGGAUAACGUGUUCUACAUCAGAAGGUGAUUGGUCUCCUUCACUGGAUUCUAAUGCAACAUGGCUCUAUGCAGGAUCACUUCGGUCUCUAGGAUAAGACAAUUAUAAAUCUCAAAUGCAAGCGCAACAAACAUCCGGCCGCCAUCCUGCGGAAGGAACUGGCCCCCAUGUCCCAGCAACCUCAGCAAGUGUGGUAUCCAGAUCAAAUGCCCCUGCAUCAGAAGCAACCGGCCACAGAAGCGCAGACGCAACCGACAACUGUGCCCCAGCAAGUGUGGCAUCCAGCUCAAAUGCAACAGAAGCAACACACCGCUGUGCCCCAGCAAGUGUGGCAUCAAGCUCACAUGCUGCAGCAGAUGCAAGUGUGUCAUCCAGCUCAAAUGCCCCUGCAGCAGAAGCAACAGACCACUGUGCCCCAGCAAGUGUGGCAUCAAGCUCACAUGCUGCAGCAGAUGCAAGUGUGGCAUCAAGCUCAAAUGCUGCCGCAACCACCGACCGCUGUGCCCCAGCAAGUGUGGCAUCCAGCUCAUAUGCUGCAGGAGCCACCGACCGCCGUGGCCCAGGAAGUGUGGCAUCAAGCUCAAAUUCUGCCGCAACCACCGACCGCCGUGCAUCAGCAAGUGUGGCAUCCUGCUCAAAUGCCCCUGCAGCAGAAGCAACCGGCCACUGAACCUCAACAGAAGGAGCUGACCGCCAUGCCCCAGCAAAUGUGGUAUCGAGCUAAAAUGCUCCAACAGAAAUCAUCUGGCCGCCAUUCUCCAGCAUCCUCCGCCCAUAUGGUAUCCAUCUAACUCCAUCUAACUGGCCGUGUGGUGGCCAGUUCCUUCUGCAGCAGCAGACGGAACUGGCCGCCGAGCCCCAGCAGCAGACGGAACUGGCCGCCGAGCCCCAGCAGCAGACGGAACUGGCCGCCGAGCCCCAGCAGCAGACGGAACUGGCCGCCGAGCCCCAGCAGCAGACGGAACUGGCCGCCGAGCCC